AUGGGGUGCCUGCAGAGCGUGGCCUGCAAGGCGCGGGUGCGCCGCGAGCAGAUCGUGGUGUCGGACGUGUCGGCCACCAUCGAGCCGGCGGCCACGGCCAUCGAGGAGAGCUCGCCGGUGGUGCUGCGGUACCGCACGCCCUACUUCCGCGCCUCCGCCCGCGUCCUCAUGCCGCCCAUCGCCCGCCGGCACACCUGGGUGGUGGGCUGGAUCCAGGCCUGCAACCACAUGGAGUUCUACAACACCUACAGCGACCUGGGCGUGUCGAGCUGGGAGCUGCCUGACCUGCGGGAAGGACGAGUAAAAGCCAUCAGCGAUUCGGAUGGGGUGAGCUACCCCUGGUAUGGAAACACCACAGAAACCGUGACCCUGGUGGGGCCCACUAACAAGAUCUCCAGGUUCUCGGUGAGCAUGAACGACAAUUUCUACCCCAGCGUGACGUGGGCCGUGCCCGUGAGCAACAGCAACGUGCCACUGCUGACCAGGAUUAAAAGGGACCAGAGCUUCACCACGUGGCUCGUGGCCAUGAACACCACCACCAAGGAGAAGAUCAUCCUGCAGACCAUCAAGUGGAGGAUGCGGGUGGACAUUGAGGUGGACCCCAUGCAGCUGCUGGGGCAGAGGGCGCGGCUGGUGGGCAGGACUCAGCAGGAGCAGCCGCGGAUCCUCAGCAGGAUGGAGCCCAUCCCGCCCAACGCACUCGUGAAGCCCAACGCCAACGACGCCCAGGUGCUCAUGUGGAGACCCAAGCGAGGGCAGCCCAUCGUGGUGAUACCUCCCAAGUAGGGCGUGCAGCCGAGCCCCUGGCUGCCCCCAGCCUGCUGCGCAUGGACAGGGCUGCCCAGCCAAAGCUGACCCCUCGGGCUCUCCUGCCUUUCUUGUUGUGCUUGGAAAUGUGGCUCCUCCUCGGGCAGAAAUAGAGCCUGGCUGGCACAAGGGCGCAGAAGAGGGUUUGCUGAGCUGGAGGAUUUCCUGGGAAGCGGAAUGGAGUACUUGCAGCUGGCACAGAGGCCGUCUGACACAAAGGACUCGUCUUUCCUUGCGGGGCGGCGCGAGGAACAUCAGUGUGGUUGAACUGUGCCCGUGGCAGAUGCUGCUUCCCACCCAGCCAGAGGGAGAAGCAGAGGCUGUUCCUGCUGGCAGCAGGGGCUGCUGUGGUCCCCGUGUCCCUGCCAUGUCCCUGCCGUGUCCCUGCCAUGUCCGUACCUAUGCAUUUCAGAUCCAUGAUCCCCCCCUCGCCUGCCCGCUGGGACCGGGCGGGAGGGCCGGCAGUGGGGUGGGACCGGGCAGUGCUGGGGGCGGGCCAGAGUCCGGUGCUGGUCGGUGCCACCGCCCGGGAGGAGUUUUCUGCGGCCCGGGGGCAGCGGGACACGUUUUGCAUGCGUCUGGGUGUGUUUGGAGUAGUUGUGAGUGUAGGAGAUGCCAUAGCUCUUUUCUGUCUUGGGGUGAGGUCUAAGGGCAGGUUAGAUGUCCUUUUGUUGUAAGGUGCACUACUAAGUCUUUGCAUCCCUCAGCCUCCCCUCCCGAGCCCGCUGGCCCUUCUCUUUCGGGAGCAGAAGGAUUGUCAGCCCAGUCCGGGUGGGGAAUGGGGGUGCUGCUGUUCUCCCAGCCCGCGUGCUCUGGGUGUGUGUGGGGUACCCAAACCAGCCCACAGGUACCCCUGGACUCGCUUUGCUUCACUGCAGACCCCGCUCCCUUGCUAGAAGUUGGGUGCUUGCUCAUUUUCCAUGCAGAUGCUGCUUCACGUGGAGGCCUCUUCCAGCCACCCAUGGAGCAGGGUGGCUGCUGGCUGGGCCACCAGUGGAGGGGCCAGCACGCUUUGUGGUACCUCCCCAAGCUCUGUGCAAGGCAGGGAUGUGAGUGGAGGCUGUUCAGGGCAGGCCUGGAUUUGCCUGGGAAGGAGGAGCUGAAUGUGCUGCCUGGGGCUGCCUCCUGCUGCUGUGCUUGGAGGGGUCACAGGGGAUUUACUUGCCUUUCUCCUCACUCCUUGCUGCCUGGAUGGCUGGCACUGGCUGGUCCGUGGGGCAGCAUGCUGCUGUGGGAUGCAGCUGGCAGUUCCCAGGAUCUCACCCUGGAGCUGCAGCAGAGGCAUAAACCAUGGCUGUGCUGCCGCUGCUCCGGGUGCUCCAUCACUCCUGGGCUGGUGCUUACAGCUUUUGCUGCUUUCUCUGCUCUGUCCUCCCUGGCAUGAGCCCUGCAGCUCCUCCAGCUCACAGCCCUGCCUUCUUCACACUGCAGGGAGGCUCUGCUGCCCUGGGGGAUGCAGGUCAUUCCUGCUGGGAAGGUCCCUGUGCUAUCCCGCUGGCAGGACAGCCUGGGGUGGAGUGGGGUGACACUUCCCUGCACCCCGGGCCCUGCCAGCACAGGGGCUCCCGAGGCAUCUUAGACCAAAAAUCCCUGUGAAAUCCCCGUGCUAUUUAUUGCCCUCAGUAGUGUUUGCUGCUGAUUCAGUUCUUUAUGUAUUUUUCCUCUGGGAGCGUUUCCUUUGGACGCCCUGGUGCAACAAUUCCCUGUGCUGGGGCCAGCGCUCCCGCUGGGCUGGGAACCUGCUGCUUUCCGUGCCUGGGUGGGGUUCUGCAGGGGGCAGGCUUGGAGGGAGAGAGGGCUUUGAGCUUUGGUUUGCUGUGUUUUCUGCAGCAGAGCUCCCACAGGGAGCUUGUGGUGUGGGAAGAUGUCCUGCUCUUGUGAGACUGUGGUUUUGUCCUGGUGCGGGACUGAUGGCAGCUUUUGCCAUCACUGAUGUUUUGUUUUUCAAAAACUGUGUGUGGAGAGGGGUUAGAAACUUGAAAUACAAUUUUCCUUAAGGACUGGGGGAGGAGGGGUAAGUACCUUUUGGUUUGAAGUAAGGCAGGUGUAUACUUUUGACCCAGGGGGACAGAAACAUCUCUGGCAGCAUCAGAGCUAAAACGCCAGAGGAAGGGGCUCCCCAACAAACAGGUGGCUCCAAGGUGGGCUUCCUGCUGGGAGAGGAUGCUGUGUCUAGAGGCUGUGUGAGCCAGCUCCCCAAAACCCACGGGAAGUGGCUGCAGGCUGCUGUCAGCCCAGGGAGCUGCUGUGGCAGCACCGUGGCUCCAGUGCCUGGGAGAGCAGGGACACUGCUGCAGGGAUGCUGUUGGACUCAACAUUGCCACCUUUUGGGAUUUGCUGGCCAGUCUGAGCCUUGGCAUGUGGCUGAUGCCAUGACACUGAGACAGCAGUGGCUGAAUUCCUGUCCAUGAAUGUCUGCAACAUCCUGGUGCCAGGGUCAGGCUCCGUGCCUGGCUAUAGCCGUGUGCCUGAUGCCCCAGGGCUGCCCCAGCCUGCAGGCAGGUGUUGGCUGAGCCCCGGGGCUGUGCCUGUGUUCACCUCUCCAGGCUUCUGCCAGGCUUCCAUUCCUGCUCCUCUGACAGCUGGAUUUGAUGCACUAGGUUUGGUGCAUGGGUUGUCUUUGUGGGCAUUUCCCCGUUAAAAAAGAAGGGGGAAAAAAAGUUUGCAAAAAUUGUUUGCAAAGAAACACAUGCAAACAGCGUUUACAGAAACAUGCAGGCAUUUUGCCUGUUGGCAGAGGUGCGUGCUCACACCUGGGUGGAGAUGGAGCUCUGGGGCUGCUGGUGCUCAGAGGAAGGAGGGAGGGAGGGUGUGGGGGAGAGUUCCCAUGUAUGAUUCUGAGUUUGGCUCGUUCCCUGUGGCUGGAUGAGCACUCAGACUCCUGGGCUUCCCCCCAUGGGAUGCUCUCCCUGUGCCCCCCUUCCCCACCAGCACCCCGUUAUCUCAGGGAGGGGCAGCCCAUGGAAAUGCCCACCCUCAUGCUCCCUGUGCCCUGAGCCUUGGGUGCCCCUUCCCCUCCUUCCCACCCUAGGGUCACUUAUUUAUUUAUCUAUUUAUUUAUUUAAGUUAUUUAUUGGUAUUUAUUGACAACUGGAAGUCGGGGGGGGGAGCUCAUUUCUGCUGCACAGUGGGGGCAGCUGGGCCUCCCCCACACCCAGCCCCUGCCUUUUGGGGUGCUGCUGGGAGCACCUCUGGGGAGGGAUGCUUGUGGGUCCCCAGGCUCCCAUCCCCUUUUGGAGAGGCAGGGGAGGCAAGGGGAGCACACCGUGCCUGCAGGGAGGGCACCCGGUGCUCACCCCUCCCUGCAGAAGCUUGGAGUGCUCCCUCCCCUGCCCAUCCCUGUUUACUGACCCUGCCUCCUGGUGCCUCUCCCGCUGGAUUUGCUGUUUCCAGCCCCUGGAGAGGGUGGGAGGAGCCAGGAUGGAUGAAUGUCACUACGGAGAACAGACCAAACCAGGUAUUCUGCUGCCGCGUGGGGAAAAUCAGAGAGGGAGAGGAAAGCUGGUUUUGCAGAGUGCCUUAAACACAAAUGACUUUACCCAGUAGGGGGCUUGGACUUGUGUCUCUGGAUGUUAUUACCAACUCGAAAAAUGUUGCAUUUCACUUCUCUGGGAUUAAAAGAAAACUACUCGAGCUGUAUUGGA